UUGUAUGAUGGCGGACGUGCGCACCCACUACCCCCGCAACACACGCACUGUGAGCGGCGGAACAGCGCCUUGCACCGGCCGGACAGCCCGUCUGCGAGGCAGCACACCCGGAAGAGCACUCAUGGAUACGGGGAUGGAUUUUCUUUCUGGUGAAUAAGGAUAACCAAGCGGGAAUCAUCUUGUUAGAAAUCCGUUUAAUUCUUUUAAAAAAAGAAAAACACACACACCACUUGAGCCGUCCGCCACGGUUUGUAGAGGGAGAGCACUCGCGAACUAGCAACACAAACCGCAUGAGCCGCAUCUUUCUGGGAGGUGUGCUGGCCAAUCAUAGCAGGAGGAAUGAGCGGGCAGGCAGAGCAAGGUCAGGGGGAAGCUGGGAGCUUCCAGGAGACAACCAAUCCAGAGGUGGGGGAUACCGUCCCCCAGGAGUCCCCCCCACCAGCGGUGAAGGCGGAGGCGGGAUCGGCCACGCCCAGCAACGGCCAAGCAGGGGAAGGCAACCUCCCCGCUGAGAUCUGUGUGGUGAUUGGAGGAUCCCGCAGCUCUCAGACACUCGGGUCCUAUGUGUGCGGAAUAUGUGGGAAGAAGUACAAGUACUACAACUGCUUUCAGACGCAUGUUCGCGCUCACAGAGAGUCAGAGAGUGGGACCAGAGAGAGCAGCACUCAGGGGCUCAACAGCAGCUUCCGGUAUGCCUGCGAUAUCUGUGGGAAGAAAUACAAAUACUACAGCUGCUUCCAGGAGCACCGUGAUCUGCACGCUGUGGACGACCCUUAUGACCAAGUUGUCCUACCAGUGGAUGAGCAGAAGGAGGAGGAACAAGUGGAGCCCUUCCAAAAAAUCGGACCGAAAACCGGGAGCUACGUCUGUGAGUUCUGUGGGAAGCAGUACAAGUAUUUCAACCCGUACCAGGAGCAUGUGGCCCUGCACACCCCCAUAAGUCGGGCCAAUGAGAUGCAGUCCCUUCGCUCACAGCAGCACGGUGGGGACAUCAGCAAACAUGGCACCCCCAAAUCCGGGCACCGCCAAUCAGAGGGCGCUUUCUGUCGGAAGAUUGAGGGGAAGAUGCAGGCAGCGGCGGGGGAGACCAACAGCUCCCAGAACUCCAGCGGAACUACAAAUCCCAUGGUGCCCAGCUCAUAUCCUGUGGUGCAGAAGCCCUACACCUGCGGUGCCUGUGGGAUCCAGUUCCAGUUUUACAACAAUCUGCUGGAGCACAUGCAGUCCCACGCAGCGGACAAUGAAAACCACAUCAACGUGGAGGCUCCCAAAACGUCCCCAGCCCCCACCCCCACCUCCACCCCUGCUGCAGCUCCUGCCCCUGCCCCCCCUCCUGCACCAACUCCCCCCUCACAGAGGAACCACACUGCUAACGUCAGCAGUGUCUUGCCUGAGAAGGAGCGGCAGCAGGUGGCUGAGCGCUUGCUGAGGGUGAUGUGUGCGGACCUGGGGGCCCUGAGCGUCCUGGGCGGGAAGGACUUCCUGAAGCUGGCGCAGAUGCUGGUGGACACAGGGGCGCGGCACGGGGCGUUCUCCCUGCGGGACACUCUGGGGGAGCUGGGCUCGCUGGCCCUGAAGCAGCUGCCCCGCAUGUACAACCAGGUGAAGGUGAAGGUCACCUGUGCCCUGGGCUCCAGCGCCUCGCUGGGCAUCGCCGUCACCUGCCACGCCCACGCAGUGGGCCAGGAUGCGUGCUACGUGCUGACCGCCUACCAGGUGGAGGGGUCCCGGGUCAAGCGCUAUGUCCUGGGGGUGAAGGAGGUGGACCUGAGGGAGGCGGGUGAGCAGGUGCACCACUGGGUGCAGAACGUGCUGUCUGAGUUCGUCAUGUCCGAGAUCCGCACCAUCUACGUGACGGAGACGCGGGUGCUGGCCACGCCCUUCUGCGGGCGCGCGGGGGUGUGUCUGCGCUGCGCCGGGUGCUCGCUGGCCGCCGUGGUGCAGGCCGUGCUCGGGAGGCGGAGCCUGCAGGCGAGGGGCCUUCAGGAGCUGGGCGACCUGCUGGCGGCCUGCCGGGACCUGGUGGCGGUGGCAGGGCUGUCCCGGGACCCCCCGGCCGGGCAGGACGACGCCACCCCUCCCCCCUGCUGGGACGAUGCCGCCGAGACGCUGCUGCUGGUGCACGAGCGCUUCGAGCAGGUGUGCGAGGCGUACGGGCGGGGCCGGCGGGCGGCGCCGCUGCUGCAGAGCCUCAACAAGCCGCUGCUGGGGACCCUGGCCUCGCUGCUGUCUCCCCUGCGCCAGGCCGCCCUGGAGCUGAGCUCCGAGCGCCGGCCCACGCUGCCCCUGGUGCUGCCCGCCUACCUGCGCCUGGAGAAGCUCUUCACCUCCAAGGCCAGUGAGGCCGGUGCUGGCGGCCGCCUGUGCCACUACUUUCUGGAGGCGCUGAAGGAGAACCUGAAGGUGGAGCGCCCCCACCAGGUGGCCAUGGUGUUGGACCCGCAGCUGAAGCUGCGGCCCACGCCCGUGCACCAGCACGAGGAGCUGAUGGCCAAGGUGUGCGAGGCGGCGGGUGAGAUGAAGGAGGGGACGGGGGGCGGGGCCGGGGCGGCCGGGGAGGACGGCGUGGGGGAGGGGCCUCCUGGGCGCAAGCGCGUCCGUCUGGAGGGCGGGAAUGCCUGGGGGCGGGGCUCCGAGGAGCCCAAGGUCAGGAAGGAGUUGUUCCAGUACCUGGCCGAGCCGCAGUUCCACGCCACGCCUGACCUGUUCCAGUACUGGAGCUCCGCCAUGGAGAAGUACCCAAAGCUGGCGCGGCUGGCGCUGUGGCUGCUGGCGGUGCCCGCGGUGGGCACGCAGAGCGACUGUGUGGCCGUGUGCGAGCAGACUCUCGCCAUGAAGCGCCGCCGCCAGGUCCGGCCCGAUGAGGCCAGCAAGCUCAUCUUCCUCAAGUCCAACAUGGCCUGAGACGGCGCAGCCCGUACACCCCCUCCCCCCCUCCCCAAAACGGACCAGGGGCCAGGAGCACACGGUCACCACUGUGUGAAUCCUGCUGGCCUCGUCUGUCUAUUUAUUUGACUUUGUGUAGAAACUGCCUAGAGGACUGUCUGUUUUUACACUGCACUGCGUGAAGUGGAAGCUGCUAUCUGUGUAGGCGUUAUAGCUCCUGAUGUCCUCGGUCCUGACCUGAGGAGGGGUGGAGGUGUGCACAGCGCACUGCAGGUGUGAGUACACAGUGCAGCCCUGGCGUUGGGACCGUGGCCUGUCCUCUGAUUGGUGGCAUUGAGGUGGGAAAGAGGACUGGGAGGCAGAACCCUGCUGUGGCCGCUGUUGGUCUUAUUGUUUAAUCUCACUGAAAUUUUUCUGACGUCUGACUGUACUAUUUAUACACAGGAACAUGACUUGAAAGUUCUGAGCGGAGUUCUAGUCUCGCUCGGGUGGGAGCUGGGUUUUGGGAGCGACCCGGUUGUGAUGCAGUCGCUGGUUCUGUGUGGUUCUGAAGCUCAGUGAAACACAGUCUACUUCUAACAGUUCGCUUGUAGAACUACAGCAACAAAAGUUAAAAUAUGGACACCUGCUGCAUGCAUCUAUUUAUUAUUUCAUUUUUUGGGAAAAAUAAGGGUUUUCUUACAGUCUUCCUUGGUCUUACAUUGAAACUAUAAAAGUAAAAUACAAAUAACUAUCCUUAGGGUGCACAGUUUUUACACUUGGAAAAAUGCCAAAGAAACACAUGGCUGCUCAUUUAUAUUCAGACUCAUAUUGUGGACGCACUGGGCUCCAGUUCCAGCUACACUCCACCUUCUUCUCCGGUCUGACAGUGGCCUCAUCGCCACUGUCCCAUCUUCUCUGGUCCCCCCUCCCCCCAUCCCUCUGUCCCUCUGACCUGCAGGGUGGCUGUGACUCCACACUCACCGCUCGGCAGGAUGCUGAAAAGGAAGAGAAAACUUCAUUAGACACAAAGUGAUCCAGAUAAAAGGGUAGGAUAUAGCUGUCUCAGAGCUGCUAAUAACAUCAGCCUGGAAGUGGAAGGGCCUGCAGACUCAUUGUCUGCACUGUGGAGUAGAGGACUGUCUGUGGAAGGUCUGGGUCCCAGUGUGACUGCUUACCUGUGAGAUAAGACACGAUUUAGCUGCUGAUGACUGCUGCUAACGCUCUGGCAACGCUGGAACGUUGUAGCUAUGAUGAUGAUGAUGACCAUUAUUGUUACAUUAUUGUCAUUAUUAUUAAUGAAUAAUAAUAAACCAUAGUACUAGUCAUAAUCUUCAUAGGUGGAAUAGUAACCACAGGCUAGUGCUGUUAAUUAGAAAUCAUAAAAGUCAUACAAGUUUAAAAGUAAAAGGGAUUUUCUGGCCAAAUAGAGCUUAUCUUGGACUGUUACUGUAACUGUAUUGUUUGCACACAUGCUUCAUUGACUGCUUGUGUUUGUGUCAUGGUCUUAUUUAAUCAAGUCCAAGCCGUUGCAUCGUACUGUACAAACCUCAGGAUAUCGUUCAUCUAGGCCACGUAACAGUAGUAACUAUCUUCCUCUACUUGUGUCUGAAGCUUUGGCCAGGAUCAAAGGAGACGUCACGUUACUGUACAAAUAACUAUGUGCGGACAGCUUUCUGGGGUGCUUUUUUAACAAACUAGAAAAUAGAUGAGCUCAAAUUGUUAGUGCUUGUAUUGCCUGUUAAAUACAUCUAAGAAAUGAGUUCAGAGUUAUGCAUGCAGUUUUGUAUAACAAAAUAUUGAAGAUAAAAAGGUGAGAACUGAAGUAUGCUGAUCUAUAUAUAAGCAGUAGCUACAUAUUUUUAAAUCUGGGGUUUCCUCUUGAAGAAGAGUUUUAAAAGGAUUGGGGUUCUGUGUACAUACGAAACACAAUCUGCUGUUUUGAUUCACUCUGAAGAGCUACUGAUUUCCAAGUCUGAUAACACCGUACCUCUUUUUUAAAGCCUUUUAUAAGACAUGGCAAGUCUGUGCAAAGCUCUCCCUUUGCAGGCGGCUCAUGGAGAGGUAUGUGGCUUCGGCUCAAGCUGUUCUGGUCAGGUGGGGUUUCUCUCACCUGAGG